CAUGUCCGGGUCUCGCUCGCUGCGUCUUAUCUCUGGGCCCCGCGACAAGAUGGCGGAUCUCUCCCUGGACGAGCUCAUACGGAAACGUGGCGUGACUGUGAAAGGGAGGCUUAACACAAGGCCAGUGUUCGGAGGUGUAAGAUCUCGCAUUGGGAUCCAGCAAAAUCUUCUCAGUAGAUCCUCACCAGCUGUCAGCUUCCAGCGGACAUUUGAUGCUCGACAGAAGAUUGGCCUCACUGAUGCCCGACAGAAACUGGGAGUUAAAGAUGCCCGUGAAAAACUGGUUCAAAAGGAUGCUCGGUUCAAAAUCAAAGGGAAAGUGCAGGAUGCUCGAGAGAUGCUGAAUUCCCGUAAGCAGCAAAGUAUUGCUGCUGAAAAGGUGACCAAAGUGGUGGAUGCCAGAGAGAAGAUCAGCUUAAAAAGGAGCGCUCCUGCUACUGCUGCUGCUAUCAGCCCAGCAAUGGGGACAGUAAAUCCAGCCAUGAAAAUCACCAAAACUAUCCAACAGAAAGCUCCAGUUCCUGGACACUCUCAUCCAGCAGGAAUGAGGAUCAAUGUGGUGAACAACCAUACACGCAAGCAGGGUCUAUAUGACAUGGAAGAUGAUGAUGAAAGUGUCUCUCCCCUUCCCAGCAAACAAAUGAAAAUCACCACCACAAACAGUUUCCUGCACAACGCGACUGGGCUGAGUGGCAAUAAAUUCUCUCUGUCCAAGACUGUUCCCCUGACUAAAGUGGUCCAGAAUGAUACUUACACAGCUCCUCCUGCACCUCCCUCCCCAAUGCGGACGAAGGCCUUGACAAACGUGUCCCGGACCUUGGUGACAAAGGAGGAGCCUCCAAAAGAGCCAGCACCUGUUGAGCUGGUAUUCAGUCCUUUGGAAGGCACAAAGAUGACCGUAAACAAUCUGCAUCCUCGAGUCACAGAGGAAGACAUUGUUGAGUUAUUCUGUGUAUGUGGCGCUCUGAAGCGAGCCCGGCUGGUGCACCCAGGAGUGGCUGAGGUCGUCUUUGUGAAGAAAGAAGAUGCUAUCACAGCAUAUAAGAAAUACAACAACAGGUGCUUAGAUGGUCAACCAAUGAAAUGCAAUCUUCACAUGAAUGGGAAUGUCAUCACCUCAGACCAGCCUAUAUUGCUCCGAUUGAGUGAUACUCCUUCAGUGAAGAAGGAGGGAGAACCACGCCGGUCAAGUGCAAGCGCUGCCUCAAAUCCCCCUGCUGAGGUGGACCCUGAUACCAUCCUGAAGGCACUCUUCAAAUCCUCAGGGGUCUCUGCCUCUGUGCAGCCCACAGAAUUCAAAAUCAAACUCUGAGUAGGGAGAGCAAGCAGUGGACUGGAAAACUCACUUAAGUUGGAGAAUGAGAAAAGUGCAGGAAUGCAGAUGUUAUUUGCAUUUGCCUGCCUGGAAGUUUUUUGUUUUCUAUGAUCGCUACCUUACUGUACAAUAGUGUUUCCUCUUGUGUGUGUAUUUUCUGUUUCCAUAGUUGGGAGUUUUCUUCCACAUUUUUUUCCCCACAAGAGAAUAACCUCCCCCUUCUGCCAGUAAUAUAUUACCAAGCAUAUACAAUGUAAUUCCCUUUACUCCAAAACCCCUAGCGGCCAUUAAAAGUGCACAUAGGCUCUAAGGGAAGGAGUGGUAAUCUCCUUUUCUCUUCUGAUCUACCUUGAAACUAAAAGGUGCAUUCCCCCUUGAUUAUCAACAGACAAGACAACACAUUGUUUCUAAAAUUGCUGCAUCAAGUACAAAGGUGUGUCCACACACAGCAAGCACCAUUUUACAUCUUUGACUCAUAUGCAUUCAGUAGCAUACUACUUUGGCCUGGCCCUUGGAUGUCUUUCUGCGCAAAAGCUGUGAUGCUGAGAAGGUGUAAGAAACACUUAGCUUCCCCAGUGUGUAUGCCACUGGGGAGAAAGGACAUGUGUACAAGAGCAGAACCUAUCAUGCUGUGGGAGGGAUGUUUCAACGCUAGUAAGGCACAGAGGUGAAGAAAAAGGCACUGGCAUUUCUAUAAUGAAUAUAUUUACCCUGUAGGAUCAGGCUCAGUUGUGUUCUCCUCCCUUUUUCUUGACUUAAAAAGUAAGAACCAGGAUUGUGUUUAGAGCUAGAAAAAAAAAAUCAAGUGUUUCACUCCCAUUAGACAGUAUUGCAUUCUCCUGGUAUCUGGAUAGGGACACAAAGUGCUUUCUUAGCUUUUAACUUACCCAGCGUCCUUUUAUGAAAAGGAAGAAGCUGAGGCCUCUUCUAGGCACUAACACAUGAAAAGCAGUCUUCUGCCCCUGAGAAAUCACUUGAGAGAUUUAAUUUGGGUAAUGUUUGGCUGCUGUGCAGGCCUGCUGUUCCCAUAUAUGGGCUUGGGGGGGUGAUCACUGCACUUCAUGGCAGCAGAGAGAGGUUGGGGGGGAGGGGAAGCAGUUAAUGCUCUCUAGAGCUCUCUAGUGCAUCAGAGAGUUUAGAUACUGGCAAGUCCCAUGCAGAGCAGCAAGGAGGGUUUACCUUCAGAGAGUGAGCAUCUGUGACCCGCCACUGGCCACUAGGUGGCACUUCCAGUACUUCCUUUGCUAGAGCAUCAUUAUUGCAGUGGGUAUUUGAAGUCCCAGUAGCUACAUUUGUUUGUAUUAGUUCAAAUUGUAUUGUAAGAAGAGAGGAAAGGUACGAGCCACUUCCAGAAUCUGGCUGGGGUUUGAACUUGAUCCUUCUAGCUAGGAGAGUAACCUAAUCCAUUCUGUUCAGCACUGCUGAACUUUAGUGAACUCAUUGUAACCAUUGUAGGUCCAGAUUCCAUUUCUUGGUCAACCCUGUUUCUUUUGCUUUCUUGUUCUGUACAAACUCUUUGCUGUAUCUAGCAGGUGCAAACCAUUCCUCUAUUUCACUGUAUCCCUUUUAGCCAUGGAUAUAACUGAGGACUUGGCAGGACUUGUUUUUUUCCCAGAGUACUCUUUGGAAACCGACUGCAUCGUUACUUGGUAGGGUGCUUCUUGUGAACAGCAGAUGUUUGCAGGGAGGGGACUUACGACAGCUAUUGUUCCCCUUUUUUAGACUGCCCAUCAAACACGUGUGUUUUAAUAAGUUGGGGGGAGGGGGAAGAAAUGUUAGGGGUUGGAGAAAAUAAUGUAUUAUCUGUUUCUGAAUAAACAUUUGUUAUACAGAGAGUGUUGCUGUUAAAGUGGGAGCAAUAUGUGUCCACAGCUAGUUUCAAUUCCAUUGGUGUCACAAAAAAGGAGGACAGUGGCCCUUGUUAUAGACAGCCUAGUGAGUUUAAAAAAUAACUCUGGAAGAAAGACUCUAGCUGUGAAAUUAAGGUAUCUGUUCGAGAGGGAUUAGGAUAUUUUAUCAGCUAGAAGAGAGUAUGAAAAUAUGAAGACAUGUAUUGUGGCUACAUAUCUUUACUCUUCUGAAAGAAUGAUUUGGUCAUACUCUGAUUAGUACAUCCAUGCCCAUUCCAAAAACCAAAUAGAAAGAAUAGAAUUGUAAUUCGCUGUUAAGUUGGACAUUGUGUUUAGAUGAUCUGUGAUAAGUUAUGAUGACAUCAAUGUACUUCCUUCAAAGAACUAGUGCUCUCUUAUCCAGCUCUGAUCUGUAUAGUAAAAAUUUCCAUUAUUUUUUUAA